AUGGCGCGUCUUUUAGAUAAAGGUACCAAAUUAUUAUCCGGUCAUCGUCAAUGGAUUAAUUCCUUAAGUUGGCAACCAUUACAUUUAAAUGGUUCUUGUCGUUUAUUAGCUUCUGGUAGUAAAGAUUCAACAAUUAAAAUAUGGGAUACACAUUUAUUUAAAACUAUCUUCACACUUAGUGGUCAUACAGCAUCAGUAACAUGUAUUAAAUGGGGUGGUCAAAAUUUACUUUAUUCAGCAUCACAAGAUCGUACAAUAAAAGUUUGGCGUACAACUGAUGGUGUUCUUUGUCGUACAUUAGAAGGACAUUCACAUUGGGUAAAUACACUUGCAUUAUCAACAGAUUAUGUUUUACGAACAGGUUUUUAUGAACCAUCAAAAGAAAAUGCAAGUAAUGAUAGUGAUAAUUUUGAUGAUGUUACAUUACAAACAAUGGCACUUGAAAGAUAUGAAAAUGUUUAUAAAUUAUUUGAUACAAAUGGUGGUGAAAGACUUGUAUCUGGUUCAGAUGAUUUUACACUUUAUUUAUGGAAACCAGAAACAGAUAAAAAACCAUUAGCACGUAUGACAGGUCAUCAACAAUUAAUAAAUGAUGUUAAAUUUUCACCUGAUACUCGUCUAUUAGCAUCAGCUAGUUUUGAUAAAUCAAUUAAAUUAUGGUCAAGUCGUACUGGUGCUUUUCUUACAACAUUACGUGGACAUGUUCAAGCUGUUUAUCAAAUAGCAUGGUCAGCUGAUUCACGUUUACUUGUAUCAGGUAGUGCUGAUAGUACAUUAAAAAUUUGGAAUAUUGAAAAACGUUGUAUUUUAUUUGAUUUACCCGGUCAUGCUGAUGAAAUUUAUGCUGUGGAUUAUAGUCCAGAUGGACAAAAAGUUGCCAGUGGUGGAAAAGAUAAAGUUUUAAAACUAUGGAGAAGAUGA